AUGCCUGGUCAUGAAAACGAAGCCCGCAGUCUACGGACCGUUCAAGGUUGGAGGUGGGCAGCAGCAGCAGCAUGUCUGUACGUUGGGGCUUUCAUCUACGGGCUCGAUGGAACCAUUGCCGCAGACAUCCAAGCGCCGAUCAUCGAACAGUUCCACACAGUCGAGAGCCUCACAUGGAUCGGUACUGCAUUUCCGCUCGGUUCUGUGUGUGCAAUAUUGCCUGUAGCCGCCUUAUAUGCUGUUUUCAACCUUAAACCCAUGUUCAUCUCGAGCAUCAUUCUUUUCGAGGCCGCCUCUACGCUUUGUGGAGCGGCUCCCACCAUGGAUGCUCUUAUUGUCGGGAGGGCAAUAGCUGGUCUUGGUGGAACUGGUAUUUUCCUCGGGAUCUUGAACUAUUUUGCUCUAUGUACAACUGAAACAGAACGCGGUCGCUACAUUUCCGGUAUUGGUGUAGUUUGGGGGUUGGGCGCUGUCUUAGGCCCUGUCAUAGGAGGCGCAUUUUCUACUUCGUCUGCCACCUGGCGAUGGGCCUUCUACAUUAAUCUUGUCGUAGCAGCUGUGUGUGCACCAGUCUACGUAUGGUACCUCCCGUGGGUAAAGCCCAAUGGUGCCAGGAACGAGUCUCUUCUCGCAAGGCUCAAGACUGUAGACUGGGUUGGCUCUAUUCUCGGUACUUGUGCCAUGGUAGCCUUCACCAUGGCCCUAACUUUUGGGGGCUCAACUUGGCCUUGGGAUGACGGUCGCACCAUCUCUACAUUUGUUGUAUUCGGGGCAUUGCUUAUAUUACUCUUUUUCCAGCAGUACUUUGUCAUGUUCACCACUCAUGAAAGGCGCAUGUUCCCUCCUAGGCACAUCCUUAUAAACAGAACUCAAAUGCUGCUUAACAUCAACACCGCCAUGGCUGCGACUAAUAUCUACGUGCCGGUUUAUUAUAUUCCCCUAUACUGUUCGUUUACGCAUGGAGAUUCUGGACUAAUGGCUGCCGUCCGCUUACUGCCUUUUAUAUGCUUCCUUGCAUCUUUUAACUUGGCAUUGGGUUUUCUUUUGCCGAGAAUUAACUAUUACUGGGCAUUGUACGUUAUUGGUGGCAUUCUCAUGACAAUCGGCAGUGCAACCUUGUACACGGUUAAAACUGAUACCACUAUGGCAAACCUGUAUGGAUACAGCAUUAUACUCGGGUCUGGGACUGGAUUAGUCUUCAAUCUUGGCUUUACUGUCUCGGGUGUUACCAUCAUGAAGGAGACAGGCAAUGGCUUGGAUGUCCAACGCGUCAUCUCCAUGCAGAAUCUUUCUCAGCUUGGAUUCCAGACAGUUAGCUUGCUUGUAGGGGGGCAGAUUUUCCAAAGUCUCUCGAUGGCCAGCCUAAAACAGAUUUUCAUCGGUUCGAACUUCUCAGACUCUCAGAUCAGAAGUGUCAUUGCAGGAACACAGAGCAGCUUGUUUACAUCCUUAAGUCCUUCACUGCAAAGACAAGCUAUCGCGGCCAUCACACAUGCCAUGAGCAGGGUCUAUAUUCUCAGCAUUGCGUCAGGGGCUAUCACGGUGGUUAGUGGGAUGAUUAUGAAGAAAGAGAAAUUAUUUUCUAAAGAAGCCGACAAUAUUUCCAUUGCGGGCGGAGCCUGA